AGACAAAGAGACAAGAGAGAGAGAGGAAUGCAUAAGAGGACACCUUCACAGCCAUCACCCUCAUCUCCUUCAUCAUUGUUGAGUGGUGGUCCUUCAUCAUCAUUUACAAUGAAUAGGUUGGCACCAAAUAACAACAACAACAACGCAGCUAAGCUCACACCAAACUCAUCAUCGAUAACAAUGGCCACUGUUAUACAACAAUAUCAACAACUGCAGUUACAACAACAACAACUUCAACUACAACAACAACAACUAUUACAACAACAACCACAGAUGAUCAAUCAAAGACAUCAUCAAGUAUCAACAACAUCUGCAUCGUCCACUGCUACUACACCGGUGGUAUCACAGCAGACCACUACAGCAGCAUCUGCAUCGACACCACCCGCAAGAAAGAAGUACAAACCAUUGCAACGAUACAACAAUGCCAAUAAUGAUGAAACAGUGUUCUAUGGCUGGUUCGUGAUACUCUGCACAUUGGUCUUCUUCCUAUUCUCCACAUACUGUCUGGUCAUCUCCAAACUGCUGCCAGACACUGGUAAUCGCAUUCUCGACUUUAUCAAAUACGACUGGUACUACUGUCUACUACUGCCCGUCAUCAUCCCUGUCACCAUCAUCACUGUAUAUCUCAACUGGCUCAGUCUAAAGUUCUUCCGUCACAACUGA